AUGGCUGACGAUCAAGAUCGCAUGGACGUUGAUGAAGUUGAACUGAAAGAACCAACAACAGAACCAACAACAGAACCAACAUCAAAACCAUCAUCAAAACCAAGAUUUGAAGUGAAAAAAUGGACAGCGGUAGCGUUUUGGUCAUGGGAUAUGCAAAUUGAAAAUUGUGCCAUUUGUAGAAAUCACUUAAUGGAACCAUGUAUUGAAUGUCAACCAAAUGCCAUGGGUAAUAUUCCUUCAGAAGAGUGUAUUCCUGCUUGGGGAGUAUGUAAUCAUGCAUUUCAUUUACAUUGUAUUAGAAGAUGGUUGAAAACAAGAAAUGCAUGUCCCUUGGAUAGUACUAAUUGGACUUAUCAAAAAUUGGGUAAUUAA